UUACUUAAAACUUUAUCAAUUCAUAUAAUAUAUUAUAUUCUUUACAUACAUUUAUAAAUAUAUAGGUUUAUAUACCUGUAAUUCCAUAUUCUAAACGAAUAAACGACGAUUUACAAUAAUUAUCAUUCAUCCUAAAUCGUGAUAUAAAUGUAUAAAUAAUUAAUUAGUUAGUUGUUGAUGUCAUUAAACUAUACUCUGAUAUGUUUUUUAUUACUAGUUUGUCGAUUAUUAAAUUUUAUUUGUUUUAAAUAACAUUUUGUUGUGAAAAAAUUAACCUAAUGCAUAGAUAUGAGGUAGCUUUAAUGAUGAAUGAAAAUCGAUUAACAAAUAGCUUCAAAAGUUAUGUUGGCUGGGACGAUGACGAACAGAUUUCAAGUUGUGAAACAUCAUUUAUUGAGCAAGAAUUUUCACCUAAACUCCAUCCAGGUGAAAUGAUAAUUGCUGAAGCACAAAGUGUUUUAUUAUUCACUCCAGUAAACGAACAAAAAACUGGCAUAUCAGGUUUUUUGUUUGUUACAAAUUUCAGACUUUCUUUUGUUACUUCAAACGAAAAACAUUUAAAAGAAACAUCAUAUCAAGAAAAUUUGCUUUUGGGUCAAUAUGAUGUUUGUCUUUCCAAUAUAGAUAUUAUUUAUUUAUUGACAGGUGACAAAAAAAAAAGACUUAUGAUAGGUCAUCGUUUUAAUGAUAAAGUCAAAGGAUUACAUAUUAUCUGCAAAAAUAUGCGAACACUAUCAUAUAGUUUUAAAUUUUCACCACUUGGCCAUGGUAAAAUAUUAGCGAAUGCUUUAUUGCAUCAUGCAUUCCCAAAAAGACAUCAGCUAUUAUUUGCGUAUGACUACAGUAGGGAGCCAAAUGUUCAAAGUAGAUAUUCAACACCUACAUUUAGAUGUCGAGAUGAUUGGGAAAAAGAACUUCAACGUACCAAAUGUCUUGGUUGGACCUUAAAUUCAUCUAAUAAUAAAUUUCGCUUAUCUCCGAGCUUGCCACAAUUUAUUGUUAUCGGAUCUGCAGUUAUUGACACUCAUUUACGAAUAGCAAUGCAACAUUUUCGAGAUGGACGACUACCAACUUGGUGUUGGAGCACUGUAAAUGGAGCCACAUUAUCUAGAAAGGCAGAUGUUGUGGAUCCAUCAAAUCUAACUCAAGAAAAUGCUAUGUUAGAAAUAGUAAGGAAAUCGCAUCCUGGCCUUCUUAGACCUUUUAUAAUGGAUUUAACCAAAAAUUUGCCAUCGCCAAAAGAUGUUAAUCAGAGUUUUAUUAAAUUACGAGAACUGUGUGCUCCUGAAAGUGCUCGGCAGUUUUGGGUGCAAGAUAAUCAUUUUUACUCACUUUUGGAAGCCAGUAAAUGGUUACAGUACGUUUCGAGUUGUCUUAGCUCUGCUUUAACAACUGCUAAUAAACUUAAUAGGAAUGAGUCAGUUGUAUUACAAGAACGAGAUGGACGUGAUUUAUGCUGUGUAAUUUCUAGUCUAACACAGUUGAUGAUAGAUUCUCAUUUCCGAUCCAUUGUUGGAUUACAAACAUUAAUCCAAAAGGAAUGGGUUGUUAUGGGUCAUCAAUUUUGUACAAGACUUGGUCAUGUUAAUAGUACUGAUUCGGUUAAAUCACCAUUGUUAUUAUUAUUUUUGGAUUGUGUAUGGCAACUACUUCAACAAUUUCCCUCAAAAUUUGAGUUUACCGAGACUUACUUAACAACUCUUUGGGAUGCAUCACAUGUUUCCAUAUUUGAUACAUUUUUAUUUGAUUGUGAACGUGAUCGUCAUUGUGCUACUAAGGAUGUUAGUCCACUGAUGUUACGUUCAAUAUGGGAUUGGGAAGAACAAUUUAUGGAUCAUGACUUGAUCCAAUUUCAUAAUCCUCUUUACAAUGCCUCUAAAGUUAAAGACGAUCUACUAAAAGUAUCAACAGAAAUUUCAUGUCUUAGUAUUUGGACACAAUGUUACUAUAGGUUUUUGCCUACUCUAGAAAUAUCAAAUGGUGGUAAACCAUUAGAAGAUUUUGCAGUCAGAACACUUAUAAAUAUGAGUGAUAAUGAUUCUAAGGAUGCUCAAGAAGUCUGUACACCAUCUAACAUUGGAUCUUUUUUUCCAUUUACACAUUGGAGAUCUAGUAAUUCAGUUCCUCCAUCAACAUUAACAAUUAGCUCCUUAUCUUUAAACACUAGUGAUUUACAAAUGGAAACAUCAUUGGUUGAAAUACCCGAACAUCUAUAAAUAAGCAAUAGCAUAAUAAAAAUAUUUCGUUCUAGUUAUUCUGAUAAAAAAUGUAGUUCAGCUUGUUUAUUUUUGGCGGGCUAUUUACAGGUAUAAUAUAAGGCUAAUUUUAAUACUACUGAUAACCAUAUAAAAUAAUUGUACAAUACAUUUUGAAAAACUAACUAACAUUUAGUAACUAUUUCAAUUGACACAAAUUCUACAAUAAUACACUUGCAAUUUUUAUUAAUAAAAGAAAGCAAAUAGUAUUAUUGAAUGUUAAAAAAUAUAUCUAUAUUUUAUUCCAAUGUCUAUUUUAGCUGAAAAUGAAUCUAUGUGCGUGUGUGUGUGUUGUUACCUAAAUACUGUUAUUUCUAUAAUAAUUUAUUUUUAAAACUAUUUUUUACAGUUUAAUUUUAAAAUAUUUUAUUUUUGUAAGAUAUAUUGUGUUAUUGUUAAGUUUAUUUUUAAAUACUGUUUAUGUAUUAAUUUAUUUGAAAAAAAAAGUAUUGGUACAAAUCUGUAUUAAAAUCAAAAUGUGAUAUAUAAUAAAAACUAAACAGGAAACAUGA